AUGUUUUGCUUUGGAAAUAGCAGUAAAAGGCGGAACGCCCAGAACUUGAACCACAGCUUCAGGCGACCUUCAGGCUCGGGUGGUGUCUUUAGGUUCGAGAGGACACUAAGGUACGACUUUAACACAGGGAUGCCAUUCAGCAAAUCUGGGAGAUCGUCACAAAAGUCGUUCGACUCGAGAGCAAGUGUUGAAACGGUGCAGAAGAUUGAGAAGUGA